CUGGCUUUUGGGGUCCAGCUUUUGGCCAGGUCGAUUAUAGGAACCCACCUGAUUCCCAACUGAAACUGUGACGAGCAGACAAAAAAAUCAAUUACAGCUAUUGCAUUACACUUACAGCUGCCAUAUUAUCUCUAAAGAGCCCACGAUCAAAAUAACCACCAGUAUCGCAGCCGACCCACAACGAUGUCGCGUAUGGCUUAUCAGCAAGAUCGCUACUCGUACACCCAAGACCCAUCCCCCUCGACGGCCGACUCCUACGACAACCAAACAAGGAAAACCACACAACGAGACCAGAGCACCAGAUCAAGCGAAGGAACUGUUAGCACGAUGAUGAGCGGGAACACAAUGUCAACAGGUCGCGAGUCGGCGGGCACGAACGUCACAGAGGGUCCAGCGUACUCGAAAAAGAUUGUCGUCGUCGGCGAUGGAGGGUGUGGAAAGACUUGCCUGCUUAUCUCCUACAGCCAGGGAUAUUUCCCAGAGAAAUACGUUCCCACCGUCUUUGAAAACUACAUCACAUAUCCCAUCCACAAAAAGUCCGGCAAGGCUGUUGAGCUCGCUCUUUGGGAUACUGCGGGGCAAGAAGAGUAUGACCGUCUGCGUCCACUCUCCUACCCUGAAACCGACCUCCUCUUCGUCUGCUUCGCCAUUGACUGCCCGAACUCUCUGGAGAAUGUAAUGGACAAGUGGUACCCCGAAGUCCUCCAUUUCUGCCCCUACACCCCCCUCGUCCUCGUCGGACUCAAAUCCGACCUCCGCACCAAGCGCACCUGCAUCGACCUCCUUAAGACCCAAGGCCUCACCCCCGUCACGCAAGAGCAAGGCAUGGCCGUCGCCCAAAAGAUGGGCGCACGCUACAUGGAGUGCAGCAGCAAGGAAAUGCGCGGCGUCGACGAGAUCUUCGAGCAAGCAAUCGAGAUCGUCGUCUCCGGCGACCGGAGGAACGCUGCGCAGACUCCCCAGGGCGGGACGGUCGGAGGGAUGGUGGUGAAGAAGAAGAAGAGGAAUUGCAGAUUUUUGUAACAGCGCGGAAGGGGAAGGGGGGGAACUGAUGUGUGAUAUUAUGAUUACGACGGCUUAUGGAGUUUUGAUGGGCGGGAAUUGGGGGGGUUGGGUUGCAUUAGCAUGCUGAGAGGGAUGGGCUGCAGUCGCACUAUGGCAUCUUUUUUCUUUUGUCGUUUAACUCGUUGGGUGGUAUUAUAGAUGUAUAUACAAUUCGCGUUCAACUGAUCCAUCCGUCCCCGUCAUUCUUGUCUACCAACAAGCUUCCGUGCCCACACCGCAUCCCAUCCCAUGAUAUCUCGUAAACAACCCCCCAAACGCCAUCCCAUCCCAUCUCUCCAACCCACCCCCCCAAC